UCGCCUAGCGUCUGUGAAGCUGUGCGGUUUAUUGUAUGCUUGUUAUGCAGUUUCUACAACGGCGCGUAUUUUUCAGACGUCUCCCGGCUGUUUCGCCCCACUGCCGAGACCGAAACGACACGGUGUCAAGUUUUUGUGUUCUGCGAGCAGCGCCAAAUGUUCACCUCACGCGAUACCGAUUCGAAGCUGCUCCACCCUUGCAAUCUGUGAGAUGCCGGUUGUGGACGGACGCUUCAAACCGUGCUGCUGAUUGACUUGAUGUGUCUUUGAGUCAUUGCGAUUGAACGACGAGUGAUAGCAGUGAGAAAAUGUCUUCGAAAGCAGGUGGUAUCAUCCGAAGUGUCUGAAAAGCAGUGAAAUCAGAAGUAUUGCACUGGCGCUGGGUGAUCUGCGGGCCUCACCACGAUGCUUGAUCAUCGCGUUGAGUGCGGCAUCGUGUCACGAGUCGCCUUCAAGGCGUCUCAAAGGGAGCGACGGCUUCAGAGCAUCCAGCUGAGCCGUCACCAGGAUCUUGAACCUUUCCACGGUUCGGGAGUCAACUGUCUGUCGCUGGAUCCCGUUGAAGGGCGAUUCCUCCUUUCGGGUGGUGCUGAUGGGGGCCUCUGCAUCCACGACCUAUACUCUGAUCUCGGCAAAAUAAAGCGCACAUGCAAGGCCAUCUGCAAACUAACCAAGCACGAGGCACACAUCUUCUCGGUCUCGUCGGUGCACUGGUACCCUUGCGACACUGGCCUCUUCACAUCUUCGGGCAUGGACGGCACCCUUCGGAUAUGGGACACCAAUGCGAUGCAGCAGGUCGACUCUGUACGCCUUGGUGAACUCAUCUUCUGCCACCAUGUUGAAACAGCACAACCUAAUGUGUUGGCUGUGGGAUACAAGAAGCCCUGGAUAGUGCUGGCCGACAUGCGAACGGGCAGCUCGUGCCAGCAGCUGCGGGGUCACAUGGGCAGCGUGCUUGCAGUCCGCUGGAGUCCUCAUACGCCGGGACUUUUGGCCUCUGGAUCCCGAGAUGGUUCGGUAAUGCUCUGGGAUGUGAGGUGUGCACGCAGUUCCCUGGCCACCCUGCAGGGUCACAAAGGGGGCACCACUGCCAUGACUUUCCUGCCUGAUGGCAUGCAGCUCCUGACCAUGGGCCGGGACGGUCGGGUCAAACUGUGGGACGUGGCGAGCCAGACAAUGAGCAGGGCGCACUCUGGACUUGCCUGUUGCAAGUCGCCCACGCAGAUGUCCGCAACUCAGGAGGUGGCACUGCUCCCAUCCGGCCACUGCCUGCUAGUCAUGGACUUGGUACGAAAACAGCCCCUGCGGGCACUGAGUGGGGCUCACUUUGGACAGGCCAACUGUGUGCUGCUCUGCAGCGACACCCUGGAGGCGUUCAGUGGCGCAAAUGACCGCACAAUCCUGUGGUGGACGUCGUGUGGCGACCGGGAGCGUGCCCUGAAUGCCUAUCAGGAUGGCAUGCCGGACUCGUGGAGUGAUGAAGGCGAACCUUUCUGAGGGGGUGUGUGCAUUUGGAACAGAGUUCGUGCAGGAAAUGACACAACCGGCCUUAUAAAGCUCUUGGUGCAUGGUGUCGGGCUCGAGAUGGAAACACGAAGCAGCAAACUGUUAAAUUUGUCAACUCCUCAGCGCAGAAAGUCCUUGCAUAUAUGCAAGAAUGGAUGAGGUCCUUGAGAAUAAUUUUGACAGGAUGCUGGCAAACUUUUGCAAGGCUGCGAUGAAAAUUUUUUAUAAGAAGAGGCAUCGCGGAGUGCAACAUACAUGAUCUGAUAAGUUCUUACAUUAGUUUGCAGUUUGUGAGGUGACGUGCCAACAAAGGCCUCCAGGAGUGUGUUUGGCAUCCUUCACACCAUGCUAUAAAUUUUCUUUAACACUUGCAUGAUAGUGAUGACCGGUUUGUGAGUGUUUCAGGGCUGAACUUCAGGACGGAACUUCAGCAUUUGAAAUGAUGAAGUGUUUGUCUAGAAAUGAACACAUUAAACGAAAAAAAAAAAAACUUUAAUAGCAAGAAAUGAGAAACGACCCUAAUCCUUGACUUAGGUGUCUGCUAGUGGCACUCACACCUCGGCGUUGGUGUACCCUGGUGUAUGGUGGGAAACCAAACUCUGAGGAGCGAGUGAACUGAACUGGCGGGAAACCGCCAUGCACAGAGGAACGGGCGAGGGAGCGAAGGCGGGCGCGACACGUAGCUCCCUAGCGGACGGCGCAAGAAAGUGCACCUUAUGCAACCUUCCAUCGCUGACGGGAGAGCAUUUAACGAGCGCCGUCACGCGCGGGUCAGCGACGGAGUAGGUGCGCACCGGGAGAGGGGAAGCCAGAGAGGAGGGAGGCAGGCCUCCACUAUGUGUCAGGUGGGGUGUAGCUCUAAUUAGCUUGUUUUUAUUUUAAUUAGGAAUGAGCAGGUACACUUGGUUUAAUUGUGACGUCACUGAUGACGUCACUUCUGGUCUUUGAGUUUCACGGGAACCUGUACUGAUGCGGUGGGUAUCUAAAGUGUACGAUUGUGUGCUUUGGUGUACGGCGAUUAGACUUUUUGUAAUUGUUCCUAAUUAUUCCUGACACUUAAUUAGCUCUUUACUGUACUAAAGCUGUGCUCUGAUGUCAUAUACAUCAUCAACCAUAAGUAGAACCAUCGAUAUGUACCUGUUUUUAUUUCUUUAUGAUUUAUUUUCAAUUUUGUCCCACCUAUCUGACAAACUGGAAGUCGGUCCCUAACCGGAAGUUGCUGCGCAAUAAACGAGUGUCACUCGGUGCUCGUGCCUCUAAAGAAAAGGAAACUUUGCAGCAGGCAUUGCAGAGUGCAACCUAGAUGAUCUGAUGAGAAGUUCUUGCAUUACAUUGCAAUUUGUGAGGUGACAUGCUAACAAAAGCCUGCAGGAGUGUGUUUGGAAUCCUUCUCACCAUGCUAUAAAUAUUGUUUAACACUUGUGUGAUAGUGAAGACAGGUUUGUGAGUGUUUUAAUGCUACCUGGACGGAACUUCAGCAUUGGAAAUGAUGAAGUGUUUGUGUACAACUGACCAUAAU